AUGGAUGGUAAUAAGGGAUACCUAGGCGAGACGGUUAUCUUCGGCAAAUUCCUCUACCAGUGGGAGGGAGAGGAAUUCAUCAUCUACCUAGUCGACGGCCGGGAUGGGUCGGAACCCUACCCGGAGGUGAAGAACUAUUAUAUUCUUACGGCUAAUGCCUACAAAGCUGAUCAACUUGUACUUACCGUCGGGUCAUGGGGAAGCGACCUGCACAACCAAGUGUGGGUUUUUGACCAGGGCCUUUUUGAGAAAGAUCGCGAGCUGUGGGAGAGUGCGCAGAAAUCAACAUGGGACGCCGUCAUCCUAGACGAGGAUAUGAAGAAGUCGCUCAUCAACGACCACAUCUCCUUCUUCGAGUCGAGGCAGACCUACUUCUUGAACGAGGUUGACGGCCUUAAGGAGAACGAUGGAAUUUUCAUCAUCGCUAGCACUAACCAUUUGGAACUCUUAGACCACGGAAUCUCGAAACGCCUAUCUCGGUUCGACCGAAAGUAUUACUUCCCCGACCUAAAUAUUGACCAGCGAGAGGCAUAUUGCCGCUUCUGGCAGGAGAAGCUCAAACCCAAUAAGGACAUCGAGUUCCCGGACAAGCUGUGCAGGGCCAUCGCUGAGAUCACGGACAAGUUCAGCUUUGCCUACAUCCAAGAGGCGUUUGUGGCCACGCUGCUAGCCAUCGCCCGGCGGUCAAAGGCCAAGCCAACAGUCGGAACCUCCGUAGAGGCUUGGGUGUUGGUGGGCGAUGAUUUUGGCUCUACCACAGUCUUGGAUAAAGGCGACCUGGAACAACUGGAGCUCUGGGUCGAAAUCAAGAAGCAGGUUAAGUUCCUCCGCGAGGGCAUAGAGGACGAAAAUGACGCAUAA